AUGGAGCGGGCCCUGGACGCGCUCGCCCAGGCCAUGGCGGACCUGAACGCCCUGCUCCGGGACCAGGAGGUGGAGGCAGACCAGCAGGGCGCCAGGGUGGAGGAGGCGGUCCCGGGGGCGGACCAGCAGGGCGGCGUGACGGCAGAGGCGGAGUCGGCAGCGACGGCGGGUCCCGCAUCCUCAGAUCCUCAGAUCCUGGACCACCGAGGACCUGGACCUGGACCUGGACCUGGACCUGGACCUGGACCUGGACCUGGACCUGGACCUGGACCCACGUGGACUCUGAGGACCACCGAGGUGGAUCAGCGCUGCGACCCGGUUUCCCCCGGUGGAGUCAUGUCCUCCCCCUCUUCCUCUUCCUCCUCCUCUUCCUCGGCGCUGUCCUACUUCUGUCCCCGCUGCGGGUUCCAGUCCCGGUUCCGGUCGGUUCCUGAGCUCCGGUUGCACCUGGUUCGCCGACACACCUACGAGACGCUGCUGCUGCUGUCGCAGGCCCGGGUUCGGAGCUCCAGGCCCGGCGGGGCCCCCCUCCCCCUGCCGGCCCCCCCAGGGUCGCAGAACCAGGACUCUGGGGGGGCGGGUUCCUGGUUCCAGGUGUUCGGUUCCUCGGCCAGCGCCGGGUCCCUGGUCCGGUUCCCCGGGGGGGGCCUCUGGGGGCCCCUGGACCUGGGGGGGCCCCUGGGGGGGCUCCUGGGGGGGGGCCUUGGACCAGGUCUGGACCUGGGUCUGGGACCAGGUCUGGACCAGAAACUGGCCAGGACCCUGGCCGACGUGGAGGAGAGAGUGAGGCGGCGGGUGAGCCGGCUGGAGGCGGAGCUACGGAGGAGGGAGGCGGAGCUUCAGCGGCAGAGGCAGGACGCGGCGAAGCUGAGGAUCGAGAAGAAGGAGGCCGAGGAGCAGGUGGAGCAGCUGGCCAGACAGGUGGUGGUUGCCAUGGAGAUUACGGAGCGUCUGAAGGACGAUCUGGACGGGAAGCAGAAGGAGCUGGAGCAGAACCAGAGGCAGAUGGACGACAUGGAGAGUUUUCUGAGGGCGACGGCGGAGAGAGAAGCUGAGGCCAAAUCCAGACUCCAGGUGUUCAUCGAGACGCUGCUGGACCGAGCCGACCGCGCAGAGACGCAGCUGCUGCUGCUUAGCCGCGGCUAUGGGUACGGCUACGACAGGUGCGGCUAUGGCUAUGACAGGUGCGGCUACGGCUACGACAGGUCGGCCCGCAGCCUGGACGGCAGCGCGACCGACAUCAUCACCGACAAGCUGCAGGAAACCAUUGGCAACAGAAGAAGUUCCAGCGUCUCCAACUCCUGCAGGCUGGAAGAUCAGAUAUUCAGUCACCAUCUCUGCAGGGGCAAGAGAACCCUCCGCCACCGCAGCACCGAGGAAGAGGAGGGGGAGGAAGAAGAGGAGGAGGAGGAAGAAGAGAAGGAGGAAGAGGAGGAAGAGGAGGAGGAAGAAGAGAAGGAGGAAGAGGAGGUGGAGUAAGAGGAAGAAGAGGAGGAAGAGGAGGAAGAUUAAGGUGAGAG